AUUCCGCACUACUCAAAUUUUACGCAGCUGAUUAAUUUUUUAAAAGGCUAUUGCAUAUUAUGAGGCAAGAAAAAAAGCGUAUACAUUAAAAAAAGAGCAGGAAAGGAUGCAUAUGCACAAUUUUAACUGAGUUUUUAAAUUCAGGGGACAAUGACUGGGAGGCAGCCAAAACCAGCUGAUGGAGGAAAAAGGCACAGAAGAUGGGAAGCGGAUUCAAUUGCCAAAUGCUGGUUUGCCAUUUCCUGCAUAGGGAAUGUAACGCACUGCUUAAAUCUAUUUCUUUUGGCUUGAAGAACUUAAGUGCUUUUAAGCGUGGCCACCUAUGGCAGCGACCGUCUUGAGCUGACAUUUCAUUCAAUCAGAUAAGGAAACAUAUCUAGGUCAUGAAGCUAAUCAUAAACAUGGUGUUUAUGGUUGCAACCUUUACAGCAGCUGUUGUGAAUUCAGAGGAGGUCUGAAGACCCACAAACCAGCCUUCUACACUGGCUUUCAAGUAGUGGUUUCAAAUCAAAGAAGAACAAUUUCCUGACUGAAUCAUCAAACAAGGUAUUGGGACACCUGACUUUUAUGCCUUCAGGCAAAUUAUAGCCUAGUUUUCAGGUGUCAUGUAUUUCUUUUACCUCCCAUAUAUUUCAAAUGGAGUGACAAGAGCUCAGCACUGCUGAAGCCAUUUUGGGAAUACAUUCCUUACAGAUACAUUGGAAAGCUGUUUUAAUGUUUAUACCACAUUUUUAAAUGCUUAGUAAGGAUAUGCUACAGAAAUGCAAUCUUUAAUAACAAGCACCUCAUUGAAACAAUCCUGGUUUUUUCUCAUCUUGGUGCAGUACAGUUCAAAUCACCUUAAAAAAAAUAAUCUCGCAACAAUUAAACCUUACGGUCCUGUAGACAGGACAGAGCAAGAGGCAGAAGGUGCAUGUGAUGAUGUGUUUCUAGGGAUCUGCCACCUCACUGCUUUUAGGAUGGAAGCUGAAGGGCGGAAAAUUAUGAAGAAAAGGGGAAGAGCAAGCAAUGGCAGAAGCAGGACCUGACAAUCACAUGGGUUUCCUUCAGAAUACUUCAGAAGAUCUCCACUGAAAAGAUUGAGAAAACAGGAAUAUUAGCCUUGCUUUUGGUGAUAUUAAGAGGCCAGACAGAGAUCAGAACUCAGCGGGCUUGCAGAGCUGGUCAAGGUAGUAACCAGAAAAAUCAAAGACUUGAUUCUUUGUAAUGGCUUGCAUUGUGUAAUAGAGGUCUCAUACCUUUUGUUUUAUGGGUGUAGGUGGGUUUAUUUGUGCUGUGUGAUAUUUGUGUUUAGGAAAAUUAUAUUGUGUGUAAGAGAAGAAACAGCAGUAGCUGAAUGGACCAGUGAGAUUUGGGUAAGCCUGUUCAUCAGUGUUUGGAGAUGGGUGCAGAACACAGGGUUGAUUUUCAAGCAUGAUUUAUGUAGAAACUUAAAAUCUAUUAAAUGACAGUGAGGCUAAAACUUACUAAUAAAUGUAUCAAAUGCAAUAAGUAAAAUAAAUCCAUCAAAUCCAUGGAUAAAAAAGAAGUUAAUAAAAGUGAUCAGCACCCAUCAGACCAGUACCUACUGGUUCUUUGAUAAAGGUGAUCUUGUAUCAAACCAGAUUUUACUGGAAACCUCAAGAAUAUUACAAAUGUCAUUUUCUGUUACUUUAAUUAGACCAAGGUAAUUCGUAAAACUCUUUAACCAGGGGUGGGCACAUGCACCAGACUGGAAAAUUAAGCAAAGGGAUGGAGCAAAAAGAGAACUGGUCUUUUUUGUUCUGCUACCUUUUUCUGCAUGAAAACUGCAGAUAUUUUUUGCAUCCUCCCAUUACUAGCUUAUCCAGCCCACUCUGCCGGAUUUGCUUGACAGGAAGAAAACAUAGUUCUAAAUUCAUUUGGCCACUGUAUUUUUCCCCCCCCAGUUUUCUGUUCUUGCUGAUUUACAAAGUCUUAGUUCAGUGAGUUAUGAGCUGUUUGCCACAGCCUUCGUUCUGGUCUGUGCUUCGGCACAAACCAGAAAAACCUGUUUGCAUGCUUUUUUUUUCUUUUUUUUUUUUACCCUUGAUCUUCCUCUCCCAUUGGCAGCCACAGCUUGUACACAUGCAGACAAGGAAGGUGGUGCCUACCUUUCAUGUGGAAAGCUGCCUUACAAAAACUGGGGUUGCUUUUUCCAUUAUCCCAAAGCUUUUCUAGCUUGAUGAAGCUUUUCAUGGAUCCUCCAGGAGUUAAACUCUGUUUGUUCUCCACGAAAUGUGUUUAGGUCAUCAUUUAAUUUUUCUUCAAGCAAAGGGAGGGUGUUUAAGUGUGGCUCCAGUCCAGCCUUUUAAAUAGCAUUUGUAGACUCUGGGAGAUCUGCAGAAACCAGCCUUGUUGUGCAAUUUAGCUUUUUGGACGCAGAAGCUUGACUGCUUUACAGCAGCUGCACGAGGUGUAGCGUUAACAUCUGUAAGACAGGACUAACACUGAGGCAGCAAGUUAGCGCAAAAACUGGACAAGUUGAGAAGAAGCUUUUCUUUCCAUCUCCUUCCUUUUCCUCUUGCUUUGUGCUGCUGUUGGAACAAGAAUGGGUCAACUGUGUGGACGAUGCAUGCAGCUGCUGCGGGACUUCGUGGCCUUUAUUCAGAGGAUGUCCUCCGACUUGGUGCAUGGCAUCAAGGAAUGUUUAACUCUGAUAAGCAAAUGCUCCUGCUUAAAACAAAACAGCUGUAAAGCCAGACAGCUGUACAAGCCCAUCUUGCAGCCUCACGAGAGGGUGACAGCACAGGAGUUUCUGCAGCAUAUUGAAACAGGUUUUGAAAUGUCACCACUUGGAAAAGACCCUCUGGAAGCCUUGAGGACCUUAGCUUUUUCAGAAAACCCAGGUUUACAGCAGUCUGCUGCCCUCUAUUACUUGCAUAUGAGUCAGCACAUGAACAUCCCUCUGCCUGUGGAGCAUCUGGAACCCUUCUAUGCCUUACUACGGUCCACUGACCUGGAGGUGCAGCAGAUGUCCUCCUUGUCCCUUGUCAACUUCUUGCUAGAGGGAAAUAUUGACAAAGAAUUAGUUGUCCAGAUGGGUUUACUUGAGCCAAUUCUGGAUCUGCUUGAGUCAGAGGAUCCCGCUGUCCAGUGUAAUUCCUGUGCUUGCACCAUGAUUUUGGCUGUUUCAGAGUCCAACCGAGAGGCUAUUGGCGCUGCUCGAGGAGUUACACCUCUGCUGUCUCUUGCCAAUUCCUAUGAUCCUAGAGUCCAACAAAAUGCAGUUGGUGCUAUUCUCAACCUCACACAAUCAGAGAAAAUCCAACAGGUCCUAUGCAAGGAAGGAGCCCUACCAAUUCUUGCUUUGCUGCUGGAAUCUCCUGACUCGGAAGUGCAGUAUUACAGCUGUGCUGCCCUAGGCAAUGUGGCAGCCAACGUUCAGCACCAUGAAGCCAUGCUGAGACCUGGCAACAGAUUCCUGCUGCGGACACUCAUCUCUCUCCUAUCCUCUUCUGUGGACAAGGUUUUAAGCCAGGCAUGCGUUUGCCUAAGGAAUUUGGCUACCAGUGACAUCCAGGCUGAGAUGGUUGCUGAGGAUGUCCUGUCCAAGCUGCACUCUCUCCUGGCAUCUGGCAGCGAGGACGUGUGCCGUGCCUCCAUCGCUCUGCUUUGGAUACUGUCUCAACACCCACACAACCAGGACAUUCUGGCAUGUGCGGAGCUACUGCAGAGCCUGGGGAUGCUGCUGGCAGCACACAAAACAGACCCUGUGAUUGUUGGCCAUGCUGCUUGUAUCAUCAAAAACCUGAGCCUUUCCAAAAACAGACAGAGAAUCACUGAAAGCCCAUGUGUUGAAGGUCUUCUCCAGACCAUGCUUUCUACCAGCAUUCAAGAAGACUCGCUUUGUUAUGUGACAUCUUGCCUUGCUGAGCUAGCAAAGCAAGAAGGAGCCAUGUUACGCAUGGUCCAAUGGAUGGAUGAACCCUUGACAAAGUGCUUAGUGAGACUGGCUGGCCAUCUGGAACAUACCGAGCCAUCCUUCCAUGCUGCCUCCAUCAUCCAGCACAUGAUAGGUCACGAAAAAACAAUGCUUUUGUUGAAGUGUCACAUCGGAGAUCUUCAGGCCUACCUCAAGAAAUUUCUUACCCACCAAGAGAUCCGCUUUCAGCAGCUGGGCAUCUCUACGUUCUGCAGACUGCGGGAAGAUCCAGAAUUUUCAUUAGCAUUCAGAAAAAGCCAAAUAGCCAAACUCCUUGAGCAAGUCCGUCAACAAACAGAAGAAACUCAAGAGCUCCUUAGGGCAGCUAUUUGCCACGAAGACAGUUAAUAUAAGCUGGAUGGCUUAUGACAACUUACGAGGUCCAAGAGCCUGAACUUUCAGAGAAGACAACUUUUUUCAUUGCUUCCUAUAGUUUAAGUUUUCCUGUUACUUGCAGUUUCAUCAUACAAAAGAGAUGUUCUGAUAACAAGAAUCAGAGCAGGUCAAAAGACAAUCCCUUGAACAAGGCAGCAGCCUUGGCUGGCUGCUGAAGUGUGCUCGAGGACUAAGGCUACAUUCCUUCCAAUGGUUUGGAGAACACCUGUUACACUUGGUUAAUCUUCCAUGGUUUGUUUUUGUUUGCUCACACCUCUGCUCCUCCCCCAAAAAACCCAGUGUUUGUGAGGUUUUAUCAUGUUAACAGGCCGAUUCUACUCAAGAGGCACCUCUCAAGUACACACGUUACUCUGCAUUCAUCUUGAUUUUGUUUCUGUUUCAUGUCCCUUAUUCCAGAACACACUCCAGGGACUUGACUUUAGAAAAUCAUAGAAUUAACACAUAAUAUAAAAGCGGCAAACAAAUAUAACAGGUUACUACAGGAAAUAACUGCUGAGGGACAACUCGGAAAUUAAAAGAAAUUUGUAAGAAACAAGAAUAGGGCAAGUGUUAAGGCUGAUCCUUGCCUGCAGUGCAGGCACUACUCUCCAGCAGAAGAGCAAAGGCACACUGAGGCAGGUAAAUGUUGCAUACGUGUUCAGAAUACAGCAGCUACCAUGCAUGAUUUGGGUGAGAUGUGUUUGAAUACAGAAAUCUGCAUUCUGCAAAUGGCACAUUAUUUCCAAAGGUACUUGCAACAGGGUAAAAAUGAACAUAUUUGGCAAAAUUAGGAAUUGAUACUAUAUUUUGAUAUUGAUACUUCGUUUUGAAAGGAGUUAAAGGACAGAAAAAAAGUAGUAAUAUGUUUAAAUUCAACUAAUUUUCUUAUAUAUAUACAGGAUACUGAACAACCUCCCCUUCCCCCUCUUCCAGGAGGAAAGAGGGUCUCACAGAUCUUUUAGCCAAUCAUAACAGUAUUUUUGAGGGGAAAAGAAGUGUAGCACACAGCCUUGAAAUUAUGGGGCACUACAUUUUUUAAUGUAGGUUUUAAUUGCAAGAGAACAGUAAUGUCUAAUAAUCAUCAUCUGUUACUAUUCAAAUUUCAUCUUUGAUCAAUACACUUGUUUUUAAAUAGAAGAAUCCUCCUGGAGCUUCAUGUUCAACUGGCUGGAGUACUGAAAUUUUGGAACUACUCUUAAGGCAAACAUCUGCUCCCAGAUAGCACCGUUUCUUAUGAAAACAUUUCAGAAGAGUUUCCUGUCUGUCAUGGUUUAAUGGACAGGUAAAGCAGAACCCGUGCACACAUGCAAAGCAAAACAAAGAAUUCCCUUGCUACUUCCCAUGGGCAGGCAGGUGUUCAGCCACCUCCAGGAAAGCAGGGCUCAUCACACGUAGUGGUUACUUGGGAAGACAAACACCGUGACUCUAAACAUCCUCCCUUCCUCCUUAUUCCUCCAGCUUCAUAUGCUGAGCAUGACGCCAUACGGUAUGGGAUACCCCCUUGGUCAGCUGGGGCCAGCUGCCCCGGCUGUGCCCCCUCCCCACCUCUUGUGCACCCCCAGCCUCCUCGCUGGUGGGGUGGGGUGAGGAGCAGAAAAGGCCCUGGCUGAGUAAGCACUGCUCAGCAACAACUGAAACAUCCCUCUGUUAUUAACACGGUUUCCAGCACAAAUCCAGAACACAGCCCCAUACCAGCUACCGUGAAGAAAAUUAACUCUACCCCAGCCAAAACCAGCACAUUGUCUUUUGAGCUAUUUCUGACCAUGGUAUAACUCUUACGUGCUUGUAGAGCUUUAGAGCUGCUACUGGAUAUAAACAUGGAAUAAAAGAUUAAUAAUAAUAAUAAAAAAAUAAUUCUGUCAAUGAAGAUCUCAACAUUGCAUUUUACUACUGUGGCCCAAAUCUCUAAGCUUAGCUUUGGUGCUUGGGGGAGGCAUUUCUGUUAAUGAUUCUUUUCAAUAACUGCAAGUUCUCUCCAGUAGUACUGUUUUUUUUUUAAAAAAAACACAAAACCAACAAACCCAACCAAAAACAUACUUAAAAGCCUCUCUGCGGUGCAGUAAAAAGAACAGGGAGACAGAAACUUCAGAUACAGCAGUAGGCCAUUUUCAGUAUUCAUGUGUAACAGGAAUUUUUUUUUUUGAAACCUCAUGUGAAACACCCAUGUGCUCAGCUGUGGGCAGUUGGGCUUAUUAAAACAGAGGACUACAGAAAGCUGAAUGACAUAGCUAGGAACAAAAUCAGAAAAUCUCAAACUUCAGGCCACCUCCUUGGGUAACCAAAUCAUUUUCCAAAAAGAAAAUCAGUGCAAUGUUAAGCAGUGACAUUAUAAUCUGUCCUGUAUCUGUAUUCUUAGGUACUUAAUUGCAAACAUUAUUUCAAGGUCUAACGAGAAAGAAAAUAAUGAAUCAUCGGGAAUGAAGAGAGAAAAGACAUGUGAAACAAGCAAAACUAAUGGUGAACAACCCAGUAGUUGUGAUGUACCGAAAUUAACUCACUGAAUGUUAUCCCUGUAAGCUUUUAUGUUGCGCUGUUAAGACACAAGCAAGGAGCGGCGUCUUUCCAAAACACACAGCCUAGCUGCUGUGAAAGGCUGCUACUCUGUACCUUCGCAAUAGCUGGCUGCAACUUCUACAGCUGCUAGUUCUACCUCAGUGAGUAGUGAAGUGUUGCCUCUGAUAGUACAAGAACAGUUUCAAUGGCAGGCAAAGCAGAGGGCCUUCAUUUGAUACCAUAUUUUAUGGUCAAGAACAACAUUCAACAGAAAAGAAACUAUUUUCCCCUGCAUUUAAAGAAAGGGACUUAACCAAUGACUUCAAAUUUCAAUACUUAUAUUUUUUUUUAGGUGGUUGGUUGGUUUUUUUUUCUGAUUCAAGCACCUAGCUUUAUUCCCAACUCCCUUUUAGUCUGUGGAUUGGGCCCUUGAAAAGGAGGAACUUUUCUCUCUCUCACUUGAAGCAAAUCUGGAAUGAAUAUAACUAUAAAUUGUUUUUACUGGUCUUGUUUAAAAAAAACAAAACACACGUGAGAAACUAAGCAGGCUCUUCACCUGUACUGCAAACACUGAAGCAAGUGUUCAAACCAGAUGAGCAUACUUUAUACCUGAGCCUAAAUAGAUCAAAAUCAGCAUAAUUUAAACCUCAGCCUAAAUGAAUCUUCACACAUAAAACUGAAGCUAAAUCUUACUGGCUCACUCUUUGCUCUUUCUGUCUGAAGUGACCCUGUACUGAUUUU